AUGACCAGAUCUUCAUCAGGAGAUCUCGAAUACGACCCAGAGAUCGAGAAAUCAGCGCGAGCACGGCGAAAAGAGACAGAAGCUCUUAAACGUGCAAGUAAAGCAGGAAUUGAGCUAGGACAAGGGAUCCUAGAAUCUGACAUUGAAAAGUUAAGCGAAGUAAUUCGUGCAGAGGCAAUUCGACGUGGGAAGCAAGUCAAAGAGGUUGAACCUGAGACCGAACCACUCUUUGAAACAAAAGGCAACCUCGGUGAAUCAGAAAGGAUGGCAAAUCGAACCAUUCGUCAACUAGCCGCUGCUCCUAACGAGCAAACACCGUUAUGCAUCAACUAUCCAGCCGGAGGAACUCCUUUUGAAUUGAAGUCGGGCUUGAUUCACCUUUUGCCCAUUUUUCGAGGCCUGAAGAACGAAAAUCCACACACUCACUUGAGAGAAUUCCACAUGGUCUGCUCAAGCAUGAAACCCCAGGGAGUACUUGAAGAUGAGAUCAAACUUCGGGCUUUUCCUUUUUCUUUAGUUGAUACAGUAAAAGAAUGGUUAUUUUACUUACCUCCCGGUUCUAUCACAACGUGGGAUGACUUAUCUCGUGUAUUUCUUGACGUGUUCUUCCCAGCACGAGCAAAAGAGCUUAGGAGGGACAUAGUGGGAAUUGGCCAAUUGGAGAGUGAAUCGCUCUACGACUACUGGGAGCGGUACAAAAAACUAUGUGCAAGUUGUCCUCAACAUGGGUUGACCGAACAAUCACUUCUUCAAUAUUUCUACGAGGGUUUGCUCCCUAUGGAAAUGAAGAUGAUCGACGCUGCUAGCGGAGGAGCGCUUGUCAAUAUGACCCCUCAAAGGGCAAGAGAGCUAAUAUCCACCAUGGCGGCAAAUUCUCAACAAUAUCGGCCAAAUUCGGAAUCGACAAGAUGGGUUAAUGGGGUAAACCUUUUAUCUUUAGAAGAUAAAUUGGAUAAGCUUACGAAUGUUGUUCAAUCUUUGCUUACAGAAAAGAAGAGUUUGACCCCACUAUGUGGAAUUUGUACUACGUCUGAACACCCGACGGAUUUGUGCCCAAUCCUUAACGACAGUUCAACGGCACAUGUUGACACUAUCGGAGGUUUUUCAAGACCUCUGCAAAGACAUUAUGAUCCUUUCUUUAACACCUACAAUCCCGGGUGGAAGGAUCAUCCCAACCUGAAUUAUGGAGCUAAUCCCCGAUAUAAUCCACCAUACCAACCGAGACCUCUGCAACCACCACCACAACACAAGCCGAGCACAUCUCUAGAAGCUAUCGUGGAAAGACUUGCUACUGAUGCUGCAAAAUAUCAACAGAGGACAGACGCAUCAAUACAAGAGUUAACUAAUCAAGUUAGUAAACUCUCGAUGGCAGUUAAUCGCUUGGAGUCUCAAGGUAAACUACCUUCUCAAACAGAGCUGAACCCUCGGCAGAAUGUCAGUGCAAUAACUCUUCGUAGCGGAAAGGUUCUAGAAACAGUUCCAGCCAAAAAUCAUGGGCAAGAAAAGGAACGGGAAAAGCAGAUCUCGGAUCCAACAGCAAGGCCAGAAUCAGAAGUUUAG